UAUGAAAAUUGUGCAAAUGUUUUGACAGUUGAUCAGAACAUGCUUUUCGGCAGGAUUUAGUUUCUAGUUUUAAAUCGUUUUUUAAAAGAUAACUAUUGAGAAUUCUGAAGUCACUCGAUACUUCUUGUAUAGUUUGUAACAGUACCUUUAGUGCCUUCUAUCCAGUGUGAAAUGGAACCAACAGAAACCUCAGUGGAAGUUGCCGAGGAAAUUUGCACCGAUAAGCAACAAAACAACGACGAACAACCGCCAAAAGAAGACAAAUAUUACCAGGAUGCUAAAAAGUACUGGUCGAAGAUAUCACCUACGGUGGACGGAAUGCUGGGUGGCUUUGGCAGUAUUUCCUUCACCGACACCCGAGGAUCGGAUCUGUUUCUGAAAAAUUUGUUCAAAAUGAAGCCGGCUCCCGGUAGAUCAGUGGCACUGGACUGUGGCGCAGGAAUAGGAAGGGUCAGCAAAAAUUUGCUAAUGAAUUGGUUCGAGAAGGUGGAUCUCGUCGAGCAGGAUGAGCAAUUUUGUCGAACAGCCGAGAAGGAACUGGCCGCGAGUGGGAAGCUUGGCUCGGUGUUCAAUACUGGACUGCAGAAUUACACACCCCAGGAAGGGAAAUACGAUGUGAUAUGGUCCCAGUGGGUGCUGGGGCACUUAACCGACGAGGACAUAGUGGCGUUUUUCUUUCGCUGCACGAGAGGGCUGACGAAGAAUGGGAUUAUGGUGAUGAAGGAGAACUUCACUAAUGGGGAUGACGUUGAGAUGGAUAAGAAGGAUUCGUCGGUUACGAGACCGUUAUCUGUGAUGAAGCAGCUGUUGACGAAGGGAAAUUUACGAGUGGUGAAGGAGCAGCGACAGAAAGACUUCCCCAAAGAUUCUCGUUCAAGAUUUUCCCCAUUUGCAGUAAUAAUUCUACGAUCAGACGGCGAACGUAAGGAACUUUAGGAACGUUCGUAUCAUUGAAGAAGAAGAUGUGUGACAACGACGAACUCCAGAUUAUUGUUUCUUCUUCGAAUCACGAUUACUCGAGUCGCUGUGCAGUCUUCUACCAGGAUUCCAGCAAAGUCUUCAACAACACGCGCAUCUACACACUUGUUCUCCAGUUGUUUUAUCAGAAUUGAUGAUUGGUUGUCACCUUGGAAUCCAAGCAUGUAUGAUAUGAAUAAUUUAAAUAAUUGAUUGUGCUCAUUCAAAAAGGAUUCCAGUUCGCCGACAAUGCACCUGGUUUUAGCCGAACUGAUGUUACUGGAGCAUGUGUGAAUGAUAGUUCGAUGAAGCGGACGUAGCCAUCUGCCAUUGAACAACGUAAAUAUAUAUUUGUUCUGUUUGGAAAACUACGGGUCAAUUAUUUGGACAUGGUUUAUACCAA